UCCCUAACAUGUCCCUGUGUCCCCAGGCGUGAUGCCGGACGCCGAGACGCGUUUCCUGCUGCUGGGGGUGUUCGGGCCGCGCAGCCGCCCCGUGCGGAAGCUGCAGCGGAUGCAGUUCUGGCUGCCGCGCCUGCAGCACCUGGACCCCCACCCGCUGCCCCCCCGGCUGCCCCCCGGGCUGGCAGCGGCGCGCCUGGGGCUGCAGCGCAUCGCCCGCGACCCCGGGGCCAGCGUCACCCUCGUGCAGCCGCCAGUGCCAGACUCGGGGGACGACGAAGGCUCCGUGCAGCCCUUCAUCCUCAGCUCGCAGAGCCCCGAGCAGCGAGAGCUGCUGUCCCCUGUCCCCAU